UCAACAUAGAGGGCGGUUUUAAAAAGGUUUGUUUAUGGGGGAAGCAUUUUAUUACACUGGGAAUACUCGCUUCUGAUUAGUCAAUCAUGGUAUUCAUCGGUCUACUUUUAGCUGUUUAUCAGUUCGCUCAUCCGGGUAACUGAAACGGUGCUAAUUUCUUACAUCUCAUAUCACUCCGCGGACUCGCGCUCUUUUUAUUUCAUCCGUUUCAGUUAUUGAUAGUUGUAAAAUUACAUCAGCGAAUAUGAGUGUGAAUUUUAUAGCAAUUGUUGCCAGCUCGAUCAUUUUGUACAUCGUUAACGAUUACUAAUUCUCAGUGAAAACUCUAGGAUAAUAUACAGCUUUACAAGCGCUGCAUCCAGGACAGGGGCAGAAUGUUUGCUUUCUUGGGGCAUUUUACCCCUGCCGGCUGAGGUCAGAGGUCAUUCACAGGAUCGGCUGCUUCAUGUGCGGCUGAAAGCAGAAAACCCCGUCAUGCGCAAGAGGCAAAACUGUGCCAUGCAUGCUGCCUUCCUGACCAGACUCGGCUCGAGGGAGACGGACCCGGGUCUGAGGACAGCUCAGUUCCACAUGGACCUCUGGUCUUAUUUCACCCUCCAGAACUGGCUGCUGGACUUCAGCCGGCCUUUAGCCGUGCUCUUUUGUCCUUUGGAGUGGUUUCCUUUGAACAAACCCAGUCCCAGUGACUAUUUCCACCUACUGUACAACAUCACAACACCCUUCCUGCUGCUCAAGCUCAUAGAACGAAGCCCGAAGACGCUGCCUCGCUCCGCUGUCUACCUGUGCAUCAUCACGUUUGUGAUGGGCUCCAGCAUGCACCUGGUGGGAGAGUCCAUCAACCACCGGCUCCUGCUCAGUGGAUACCAGCUGCACCUGAGCAUCAGAGAAAACCCCAUCAUCAAGAGCCUCACUCCACACACUCUGAUUGACUCGUUUGAGUUGUUGCAGUAUUAUGAUGAAAGUCUGGGUCAUUGCAUGUGGUAUGUCCCUCUGUUUCUCGUCCAGUUCCUGUAUUUCACUGGCUGUUUCACUAUUGUCAAAGCAGAGCAGACGAUGCCCAUCUCCGCUUGGCUUCUGCUGGGUCCUAGUGGCCUUUACUACUGGUAUCUCGUGACAGAAGGACAGUUCUUCAUCCCGUUCAUUUUCACUUUCUUUGCCAUGAUGGCUACAGUCGUGCACCAGAAGCGCAAAGGUUUUCUGCCGGACGGUAACGGACUCUUCCUGCUCUACAGCUUUUCUCUGUCUCUUGUGUUAAUGAGCGUCUGGGUGGCCUGUCUGUGGAACGACAAGGUGUUACGCAGGAAAUAUCCAGGAGUGAUGUAUAUACCAGAGCCGUGGGCCAUUUACACACUGCACCUCAGAGAAAAACAGACUGACCCUUCACUCCACGACACAGUCCAAGACACUCACUGCAGAUCAGUGUGACUUGCACUCUUCAUUUAUAUGCCUCUUGUAAUAAAAUGAGGAAAAGUAACUGUCAUGUUGCACCUUCAGAAAUGGACUUCCUAUGAUUUUCUGCAAAAGAAUUGUG